AUGUCUUCUCUUCACCUCGAAUUAAAGGACGACGAUCCAUGGUUCGUCGAGGAAAAAAUCUUCAAGAUCCUGGUGAACUACCUACAAGAUCCCACCGCAUCCCCCGCAGCCACAGCCCAAGCACUAGAUCGACUGUUUCCUGCGAACCGUCCUGACCAAGAUCAACCCGCAGACGAGCCCCGCGAGGACCCAGGAAGCUUUCUCUGGCACUUCUGGGGCGUGGUUCAUAACGUGGCUCAGCAGAUACCCUACACGGCUCCUGAACAUGACAGACUCGCAGAGCUGAUCAAAGCCUUGAAAGGUCUAUCUUCCCAGACAAAAACUGUCUACAUGGCGUCAUGGGACCAGGCCUUUGACCUGUGGGGAGAUUUGCCGAUGCUGGGUCCGACGUUCAGGGAAUUGUAUGAUCGCAUGGUAUCUUUGAAUGAUGAGGAGGAGCGCGAACAUUGGCAGAGCUUGAAUGCUUACGCUGCUCGCUUGACUAGAGAUGGCUCUGCUGAUUUGAUCCUUUUCGCGAAAUAUGCCAUCGAAGGACUAUUAGAAGAAGAUUUGGAGCACGGGCUCGUCGGUGAUGUCCCCGGAGCUAUUCUGGAAUGUAGGAUGACUGUGGCAGCGGAAUGGGUCAUAUAUUGCGGACAGAGACUUGUGGCCCAGGAAGAGGAUGGGAUUGGCACGGAGAAUUGGCAGAAGUGCAAGGCAAGGUUCAGCAACGUCUCAGAUAAGGCUUCGAUGAGCCCGCAAACUCGAGAAAUCGCUCAAAAGGCAAAGCAGGUCAUGGAGGCUCUGCAGCUGAGAUGA